ACAUUUACCCGAGAACCAAUAUCAACACGUAAGGAGUUCAGAAGUUCCCUCUGCAUUAAUAUCAGCCACCAGUGUAUCAGCACGUUAUGUACAGACCAGUCAUAGCAUCCCGCAAAUCUAUCCCACCAUGGCUAAUCAUCCUCUGUGUGCUUGGAGUGCUGGCAGCCCUUGGGAUAAUUAUUGGACUCUUAGUUCACUUUCUGGCAGUAGAAAACAAGAUCUACUACUAUCAAGGUGGUUUUAAAGUGCUGGAUAUUCCAUAUGACAGAAAUUAUGAAAGGGAGACAUCACUAGAAAGUAACUACCUCAGUAAAAUCCUUGAGAAUAAAAUGGUUGAAGCCUUUCAGAAUUCUAACAUUUACAAACAAUAUAUCAACUCUCAGGUCAUCACAUUGGUUCCUGAUAACAACAGCGUGACAGCACAUAUAUGGCUGGUGUUUAAGGAUCCCUGGUCUAACAAGGAAAACCUAAGAAGGAGAAUUGAAAGCAUCUUACGUCAGAUGCUGGAGAACAACCCAGAAUCCCUGACUACAGAUCCUGGGUCUCUGAAGCUCACGGAAAUCAGUAAGGUUGAUGCUGAGAAGAUUAUCAACAACCGCUGUGGGAGAAGACCAAGAAUGUCUGCAACCUACGACAGAAUCACGGGAGGUUCCACUGCUCACAAAGGAGAGUGGCCAUGGCAAGCGAGUCUCAGAGUGAAUGGUAAACACUACUGUGGGGCAUCUCUGAUUGGCGAAAGAUUUCUGCUCACAGCAGCUCAUUGCUUUCAAGGGACAAAUAAUCCAAAAAACUUAACUGUCAGCUUUGGCACUAGAGUAACUCCAGCCUACAUGCAGCAUUCUGUUCAAGAGAUUAUUAUUCAUGAAGAUUAUGUGAAGGGGGAACAUCAUGAUGACGUUGCAGUUAUAAAGCUCACUGAAAAAGUUUCAUUCAAUAAUGAUGUGCAUCGGGUUUGUCUUCCGGAAUCCACCCAGAUUUUUCCACCAGGUGAAGGAGUCGUUGUUACAGGAUGGGGAUCAUUUUCUUACAAUGGUAAAUCCCCACUGUUACUUCAGAAAGCAUCCAUUAAAAUCAUUGACACAAAUACUUGCAAUUCAGAAGAAGCUUAUGGAGGCAGGAUAGUGGACACAAUGCUCUGUGCUGGCUACUUGGAAGGCAGUAUCGAUGCUUGCCAGGGUGACUCUGGAGGACCACUAGUUCAUCCCAAUUCUCGAGAUAUUUGGUACCUUGUUGGGAUAGUGAGCUGGGGGCAUGAAUGUGGCAGAGUCAACAAGCCAGGGGUCUAUAUGAGAGUAACUUCCUACCGUAACUGGAUUGCCUCCAAGACUGGUAUCUAGUAGAAAAUCAUCUUUUAAUAAUGAAUGCAGAUCAUAUCGCCUGGUACGAUAUCACUGAACAUCCAAUUCUUUAUUCUUUCCCGUUGUAUAUGUGUGUGUCUCUGUGUGUUUUUGCAUGUGUGUGGGUAAAUGUGUGUUUGUGCUUAUAUAUGUAAGUGUGCCUGUAAGUAGAUGCAUAAGCUGUUGUUAAGAAUCAUCCUCAACAAUUUCACUGAGACAGGGUAAUGGUCAAACCAAGAGCUCUCAGAAAUAUACUGUCUUACAACUCAUGCUGCUGUUAGAACCGGCUAUUUCUGUCUUCUAAGGAUGGAAGUAUAGACAGGCUUGUAUGCCCAUCAGCCCAUCAGGUAUUUAUGAGUAUCCCGGGGAUUCCAUUUGCAGUCCUUAGGCUUUCAUGCUUAAUCACUGAGCAAGCCCUCAGCUUGUUUUAAACAUUACUAUUUGGGGUGAAUGGGCGUUUUUUCCUGUACCACAUAAAUGCCUAGGGGUCAGAAGAGGGAGCUGUAUUCUCUUGGACUGGAGUUACAGACCAUAUGAGCCACCCUAUAGGUGCUGGGAAUUGAACCCCAGUCUAUUGAAAGAACAUCCAGGCCUCUUAACCUUAGCCAUUCCCACUCAAUACUUUACAUGCUUUUUAAAUGUAUAUAAUGGUUAUUUUGAGAGAAUUAUUGCCCUAAGGGAAUAUUUGUAAGCUUUUAAUCAAACUAAACAAGACAAAAUUAGAGACCUUGAGUUUCUUAGUUCAGGAAGCCCUUAGCCAAGAAAGUACUCCCACCAAAAUACUGGUAAAAUGCUAUUUGUGCCCUGGCUUAUCAGUCUACAUUACUGCUAUUUCGGUACUUAAGGUUCUUAUGUUUUAUCAUAUAGACUUUGUAACUGUGGAAACAUGGUGUUGACUGUAGUGAUUUACCAGGCUGUAUGAGGGGACAGUAGUGCCUCCCCAAGGUUGGGUUGGAACAUGAGGGAUCUAUUUUCAUGUCAGAGCUUUGUGGAAGGUUGUGACUGUGACCUGACCUACUCUGAAAACAGGUAUUGAAUCACAACCUCUUGUUAUGGAUGCAUUCACCAGGUCUGCAGUCAUUCUGAGUUUCUCACCACCAUUAAUUUAGAUAUGUUUUAAGUUAUAGAGAAUAAGUACAGUAAUUCUUCAUCAUAGAUACAGAUUUCUGUGGAAAUUCUCUAUAUGUAAUAUAUUUAAAACAUUUUUCUCUUCAGGAUUUUUUUCCCUGUGCUCAUAUCUUUGAGGCUCUUCCCCACUUUCCCCUUGAUAAGUUUCAAUGUCUUUGGUUUUAUGUGGAGUUCCUUGAUCCACUUGGACUUGAGCUUUGUACCAGGAGAUAAGAAUGGAUCAAUUAGCAUUCUUCUACAUGAUAACCACCAGUUGAGCCAACACCAUUUGUUGAAAAUGCUGUCUUUUUUCCAAAGGAUGGUUUUAGCUCCUUUGUCAAAAAUCAAGUGAUCAUAAGUGUGUGGGUUAAUUUCUGGGUCUUCAAUUCUAUUCCAUUGAUCUACCUGUCUGUCGCUGUAUCAGUGCCAUGCAGUUUUUAUCACAAUUGUUCUGUAGUACAGCUUUAGGUCAGGAUGGUGAUUCCACCAGAAGAUGGCCUAGUCAGCCAUCAAUGGGAGGAGAGGCCUUUGGUCUUGUGAAGGUUCUAUGCCCCAGUAUAGGGGAUUGCCAGGGCCAGGAAGUGGGAGGGGGUGGGUUGAGGAGAAGGGGGAAGAGUGAGAGGGGUAGGGAGUUUUUGGAGAGGAAACUAGGAAAGGGGAUAACAUUUUAAAUGUAAAUAAAGAAAAUAUCUAAUUAAAAAAUAAAAACAUAAAGAAAAAACAUGCAUUCAGUUAACUUGAGGAAAGUAGAAAAUGAGAAAAUGCAAAGUAAAAUUUAAAUGUCACAUGAUACUAUAAAUGUAUUUUUGCACACCAAUAAGUGACCUUUCUUUGUUUUUGCCCUCUAAAAAAAUUUAUCUGAACUCAAUAAAAAUGUAUGGUUUAUACUAA